CUCUCUGUAAAAAGAAGUUGGUGAUUGUGGUGGUAAUGGAGAAAUCAGCGGAAGAAACACACCCAGUGAAGGCCUUCGGAUGGGCGGCCAGAGACCAGUCCGGCCUACUCUCUCCCUUCAAUUUCUCACGAAGUCCGGAUGCAUGUGAAUGUGCAAAUUGAGCUGACCAGGAGAUUUGCUUCGGGCGACAAAGACUUGACCACGAGAGGGAAACAGGAGAUGAGGAUGUGAGGUUCAAAAUCAUGUAUUGUGGGAUUUGUCACACUGAUCUUCACAGAAUCAGAAACGAAUGGGGUGGCUCCAAGUAUCCAAUGGUUCCGGGGCAUGAGAUUGUGGGUGUAGUGACUGAGGUCGGUAGCAAGGUCCAAAAGUACAAAAUUGGGGACAGAGUUGGAGUUGGGUGCCUGGUUGGAGCAUGCCACUCCUGCGAUAACUGCGUUAACAAUCUUGAAAACUACUGUCCCAAGAAAAUUCUAACCUACAAUGCCACAUAUCACGAUGGAACGAUAACAUACGGAGGCUACUCUGAUCAUAUGGUUGUUAACGAGCAUUACCUGAUCCGCAUCCCUGACAACCUCCCUCUUGAUGCUGCUGCUCCUCUCCUCUGCGCUGGGAUAACAAUGUACAGUCCCUUGAGAUAUUUUGAGCUCGACAAGCCUGGCUUGCAUGUGGGUGUGGUGGGUUUAGGUGGUCUAGGCCAUGUAGGGGUGAAGUUUGCAAAGGCUCUUGGGGCUAAGGUGACUGUGAUUAGUACAUCACCUAACAAGAAGAAGGAAGCUAUUGAUCAUCUUGGUGCUGAUUCGUUUUUGGUCAGCCGAGACCCAGAUCAAAUGCAGGCUGCCAUGGGCACGAUGGAUGGUAUUCUCAAUACAGUAUCUGCGGUUUUCCCUCUCGUACCAUUGAUUGGUUUGCUCAAGUCCCAUGGAAAGCUUAUCAUGGUUGGUGCACCUGAAAAGCCGCUUGAGCUGCCCGUCAUUCCUUUGCUUGUGGGGAGGAAGACAGUGGCUGGAAGUGGCAUCGGGGGGUUGAAGGAAACUCAAGAAAUGAUUGAUUUCGCGGGAAAACACAACAUCACAGCGGAUAUUGAGGUGAUUCCAAUAGACUACGCAAACACUGCCAUGGAACGCCUUGUGAAAGCUGAUGUUCGAUACCGAUUUGUCAUUGAUGUUGCCAACUCUCUGAAAGCGGCCCAAUUGACUUAGCCAUUUGAAUCUGUGUCUGGUGGUUGAGUUAUUAAUAGCUCUGGUGGUUUUAUAGUAUCGUUAUUGUCUGUAUUGCGCUGGUGUCACAUGACAUGACUCGCAGCCUUGUGUUGGAUCUUAGUGUGAUUUAAGUAGUAGUAGGAGUUUGAAUGAAUAAGAGAGCUGUAAUUUUGAAGAUUUUGUCCUGAGUAUGCGACCUGCGGUAACUUCCAUAUGAAUCAGAAUUGCAUUUGGCCUGA